AACGCAUGUUUACAUGUUCAACAGUACCCGUCUCUGGCUUCUGAGAGCACGUUGUUGUGGCCAGUGCCAAGGUUGAUGUAACUAUCACCCAGAGUACUUUCUUUAUACAAGAGAUGGCGCUGGCGAUCUCGGGUGGUCUGAGUGACUUCAGAAGGUACAACUCCGGGAGGGGGGAGGGAGGCGGAUGGUAAGAAUUGAAGUGUGAGGUGGCGCGUGUGUUCCGUCAGGCCGAUGGAGAUUUUUACCGAGGACAUUCCUGAUUGAAGGAGGUAGUAGGAGGGAGAGAAGAAUGGAGGGAAAGAGACCUUGGCCUGUUGCCCGCUGUCUAUUGUGGUUGUGAGAGCGAGGCUGGGCCAGUUAUCCUGAGAGGUCUGGGGAGACGAGGAGUGCGUCGCGGGUGUAACGCUCAACAUCGUCCUCACGAUGAAGGAAUGGGUGAGGUUGUUCAGUGACGUGGUGGUACGCGCCUUCUAUGGCAACAGAAACACCGCUACCGUUGCCUGUCCACAGGAGGAUGACACCAAGGUCGUAGCUCCUGUGGCGGGGACGUCAUUGGCGUCAGCAGCAACAACAGUACCUCUGUCACACCAACAGCAGUCAGCAGCGUCUUCACUGCCUUCACCAGGUAUUGCAGCUGUCACUGCAAUUCCUCCACCAUUACCCCCGAAGCCACCGUCCGCGGCUAUUAAGUUUCAGUCCCAGUCACCUUCAAGUUAUUCACCUGCCUCCUCCACACCCCCUGUCACUCAGGUGAACACACAGUCACCUUCAAGUUAUUCACCUGCCUCCUCCACACCCCCUGUCACUCAGGUGAACACACAGUCACCUUCAAGUUAUUCACCUGCCUCCUCCACACCCCCUGUCACUCAGGUGAACACACAGUCACCUUCAAGUUAUUCACCUACCUCCUCCACACCCCCCGUCACUCAGGUGAAUACACAGUCACCUGUGUCCACUCAGUCGUCCUCUGCCCCAGUUAGAAUACCAACUGUUCCAUCACAACCAAUGCCACAGUCAGGGCCCUCGACAACAUGUACUGACGUAGGCCUUCGCUCCAUGGUAUCCAAAGUGCCUUCACAGCCCCAGCAGAGCUUGGGAGAGAGCCCACAGGAGAGGGGACGGGGCAGGGGGAGAGGGCGAGCAUUGGGCCGGGGGCGAGGUGACAGAGGUGGUUGUAAUGAAAGCAGUAGUUCCUGGGGCAGGUCAGACUCCAAGGGUAACCAGCAGUUCCAGGAACUGUCACCCUCCACAUCACCCAACACUCGAAAUUCUGACUCGCCAGCUCCUCGACCGAAACGAGGUGGUUCUUGGCGUAACUGGCCAGGGGCAAUCUCUCGGUCUCUCAGUCCUCGACCCUUGCCACAACCUCCGUAUGUAGAUGAGGAUGGGUUUACUCUGGUUCAGAGGCGGAACAAGCCAGGUAAACCCCCGCCCAACCUCGCGAACACUGGGCCAAACAGUCCCACUCGCGGGGGAUACGCUGAUACAAAAUACGUGAUUGAAGGUGACUUUGUGCUGGAAGAGGAGUUUCCAGUCAUUAAGAACCCCGCGUACCCCACAGGAAGCCACCUGCCGGGAGGAACACAACUCCCGUCGAUACACAAGCGACCUGUCUCUCAGGAGGCAGGAAACCAAAAGCGAGCCUCGAGCAACGGCAGCCCGAACGACAACCUUUCCCCACGAGGAAAGGAUGGAAAACACAUAGCAGUUAUCUCAAAGAGCGAGUCUGGGAAAGUCAGUGCUCACGAUCAGAGAAGCACCACUUUGUCGCCUGCCCAACCCGUAGUGACACAAUGCAGCAAAGAAAUCGUGGGUGACUUAGGUAAAGGUGCAAAGUUCAAAAGUGAACAUACGAAGGACAAAUUCAGUGUCAGAAGCAAGGAACCUGCUUCACCAAACGAAGCUCUUUGUGCUGUCUGUGAUGGUAUGUAUGAAAACGUUAAGUUGAAGGAUUCCAACUCCAGUAAUAACAUUGAUGUUGUUAAGAACAAUAAUGUAACAAAUCGAGUCGACUUGCUGCAGAAGAAUGAACUAGAUGCCGGUGAGGCGGACACAGUCAAAGUUGACACCCUCAAGGUGGACAAAGUCAAGAAUGACACUGUCAAGGUGGACAUCUUCCAGGCAGACACCUGUAAGAUGGACACAUGCGAAAAACUGAGAGAGACACAGGUGGAACAUCUUAAUCAAGAAACACUUGUGGAUAUUCCAGCAAGCAGCACUCCUACGGAUGUGACACCUGUUAAGCAAGAAACACAAACAUCAGAUACCAAAACUAUCAGCUUAAAAUCAGUCGAGGUCACGGACGAGACUUCGACUCAAAUCCUAGAAUCGAAAUCUAAAAAAAUAAAAAAGAAGAACCGCAAGUCUAGUAAAUCUGAAGGUCGAGAUGCGAGCGAAUCCUCGACUAUAAAGGAACGAAUCAUGAAGGCAACACCAAGGAUCAAAGUAAAUGAGGAGACACGUGGAAGCACGAUGAAACAACCAGCAAUCGUUGGAAGCACCAAGGAAGGAGAGAGUACAUUAGGAAAUUCUCAGGAAGCAGCAGCUGCAGCAGUGGCGUCUGAUAAUUUCUACAUAGAUGAUGAGACUGAAGAAGGGGAAUAUGUCUUUAUCCAUAUACGGAAAAAACUGCAAGACGUGACAACAGAUAAUGAUCAACUCAACAUGAGAACAGAGAAGAUAGACCCAGAAGCCUCUGAAGACUCGCCCUUGAAGCUCUCUGAGGUGAAGCAAGAUAUAGAUGGUAGUCAAGAGGAGACAAACCAACGAGGCUCCAUUUUAAGUGGUAAUGAAGAUGACAGGAGCCACCAGAAACUGAAGAGAAGAAGAUGGAGACGAAGAACUAUAAACUCAGAGAGGAAUAAAGACGAUCAUACUGAUAAAAAUUACAAGUUGAUGAGUGAAGAACAGUUGACGCCCAGCAAAGAUAAUGAGAAGUCAACUGAGCGAAUACAGAAGGAAAGUGGCAAGACGGAUGGAAGGAAACACCAAGUGAAAGAGAAUAAUGAAUACAUUGUUGACGACAGGGAAAACCACACAGAAACACAACAGUAUGAAGAGCAAAGGAACAUCGACUUCGAGGACAACCGCAAUAUAAAGAUGACAUCAGAGGGCAUCCUUGACGUCACAGGUGAAGGCAGUCACCCAUGCGAAAAACACCGACAAAAUGAGACAAAACAGAAAGAAAAGCUAAUCACGAAGUCAGAUUCUGUCGAGGAAGAUACGUCAGCAUCGAGCAAUGAUGAGCUCACAGUAUUAAUGAGCCUCAUAGCAGAUAAAAAGAGCAAGCUCCUGACCCUCCAGAAGCAAUUAGUGAACGUGGUGCCCCCAGAGAAACAACUUGAAGUCAACACUGAAAGACAGCCUGGAGAGGAAGACCAGGAUAGUGAUAAGGAGGUUCCCAGUAGAGUGCAAGACUCUGUGGAUACCCGGAGGUUGAGUCCUGAUGGCGCUGAAGAAGGGAGGUUGUGGGUAUUCGAAGCACCAGCUUCCCCAGUCACCUCCAUACACACCCUCCUCAACAGGAAGGUAUCCAGCAGGGGUAACCGGGAGACAGGUGGUGCUGGGGCCGCUACUGUCAGCCUCGAAAAUGAGACAGGGACGGGAAGGAAUGAAGAGAGAUACAGAAAAAUAAACAGGAGUAGAGAUGAGUCACAUCAUGGAGAUGAUGGAAGGGAAGGAGAUGGAGUCAGAGAAGAAACAGUAAGAAACGAAAUAGAAAACGGAAGGAUGGUGACAGAAAAUAAACACAGCAGCCAGCAAUUCCAAUCAGGUGAGCGUGAAAUUAGUACGGACUGUAAACAAAGACAGACUGGUGUUGAGAAACUAGACGCAGGAGGGAAGACAAACAAGGAAGAGGUAGAAAGACAAAUUUUCACUGAAGGAGAAGAAGGGCAAGGAAAACAAGAAGAGGUAGGUAAAGGGGGAGAGAAAGAAGAAAGACCUAAUUUGGACCACGAAGAACUACGAUUAAGGAAAGAAGAAAAGAGAGAAAGAAAGAGGAGACGACGUGAGGAGAAAGAGAGGCUGAAACUGAUGCAAGCAUACAAUGACCAGGAUCAAAAUAAACCUCAGGAAUCAAGGGAGGAAACAGAGGAAAUGAGAGAGAGCAGGAGGAGGAGGAGGAGGAGAGAGGAACGUGAGAUUGAGGAAUUAGAACGUCAGAAAUUUGAAAGAAAACGCAGAAAUGAGACUGUGUGUGUGGAGACGGCGCCAGAAGUGUCCAAGUUGCUGGUCGAGGCGGAGCUUACUGAAGACACUGCUUCCAACCUUCCUGCUGCAAGUGACGCUGCUGCUGCUUCCAACCUUCCUGCUGCAGGAAUUACAAUAGCAGGAGCUCCGGAGUCCACUGAAAACACUGCUGACUUUGAUUUAUACAGUGGCUUUAAUCCACUUGUUCUGGAGAGACUCAGAAAAGUUAGCGAAUUAUUGGAGUUACGAAAAAAUCGUCAGUCCCUGCAGGAGGAAGUGGAUGAGGCCUCCAAUGUAGCGAGUCGGGAGGAUCAGUCCCAGAAAUGUGAAGAUCAUAAGAGUGAGAGAGAGAAUAAACCAAGUUCCAAUAACAGCAUUAAUAAAGUGGAAGAGAGAGAGACAGUGAGGAGAAGGCGACGCCGGGAAGAUGAAAGCAAUAAGGAACAUGAAUUGCCAGGAGAGUCGAGUGAUGUGCAAGGAUUCUAUAUGCUCAAGACCUUUGAAGAGCUUGUCGCUGAGAGGAGAAAGAGAAGAAGCAAGCGUCUCGAAGAAUCAGAAAAGCAUGAAUCACAAGCAGAGGAGAAGCCAGUACCAUCGAGGAGAACCCGCCAGGUGGAACAUUGUAGUGGAGAUAAAGAUUCCCAGGUGAAAGAGACUGGUGAAACCAUUACGGCAAGAAGACGCAGAAGACUUACUGAAGACAGCAGCCAGACGCGGGACUCGCAGUCCAAGGAUGUCAAUAGUAAGGAUUACGAGGAGAUAUUCGCCCGAAGGAGACAACUUAGAAGUCGUAGGCUUGAGGGAGACAGUAGCCAGGUGGAUGAAGACCGACCAGUAGUCUCUCACACACAGGAAGAGCAAACACUCGGUCACAACCGCGAGGCCGACAAGCAAUACCAAGAAAUUUUCGAAAGACGACGACGCAUACGGAGACAGAGGUAUGCGGAGAUGCGCAUGUCUGAUGAAAACCUGCAGCACAGCGGUUCCUCACCUCGAGAAGACGCACGCACAUCCCCAUCUUGUGAAGUAUCCACCAGCAGUAGAAUAAUUCUGCGUGAAGCUGAGAAUGAAAAUUCAAGUGUAAGUAUAGCGGCUAAAGAAGCAAUUAGGAACGUGGUGCCCCCAGAGAAACAACUUGAAGUCAACACUGAAAGACAGCCUGGAGAGGAAGACCAGGAUAGUGAUAAGGAGGUUCCCAGUAGAGUGCAAGACUCUGUGGAUACCCGGAGGUUGAGUCCUGAUGGCGCUGAAGAAGGGAGGUUGUGGGUAUUCGAAGCACCAGCUUCCCAGUACCUCCAUACACACCUCACAACGGGAAAGGGUAUCCAGCAGGCGAAAAUUAGCACGGACUGUAAAAAAAGACAGACUGGUGUUGAGAAAUUAGACGCAGGAGGGAAGACAAACAAGGAAGAGGUAGAAAGACAAAUUUUCACUGAAGGAGAAGAAGGGCAAGGAAAACAAGAAGAGGUAGGUAAAGGGGGAGAGAAAGAAGAAAGACCUAAUUAUAAAUUAAACUGUCUCUCAGAUUCACAAAAGUUGGACCACGAAGAACUACGAUUAAGGAAAGAAGAAAAGAGAGAAAGAAAGAGGAGACGACGUGAGGAGAAAGAGAGGCUGAAACUGAUGCAAGCAUACAAUGACCAGGAUCAAAAUAAACUCAGGGAAUCAAGGGAGGAAACAGAGGAAAUGAGAGAGAGCAGGAGGAGGAGGAGGAGGAGAGAGGAACGUGAGAUUGAGGAAUUAGAACGUCAGAAAUUUGAAAGAAAACGCAGAAAUGAGACUGUGUGUGUGGAGACGGCGCCAGAAGUGUCCAAGUUGCUGGUCGAGGCGGUCGAAACUCCGUCAGGAAUUACAAUAGCAGGAGCUCCGGAGUCCACUGAAAACACUGCUGACUUUGAUUUAUACAGUGGCUUUAAUCCACUUGUUCUGGAGAGACUCAGAAAAGUUAGCGAAUUAUUGGAGUUACGAAAAAAUCGUCAGUCCCUGCAGGAGGAAGUGGAUGAGGCCUCCAAUGUAGCGAGUCGGGAGGAUCAGUCCCAGAAAUGUGAAGAUCAUAAGAGUGGUGAGAUCAUGGAAGUUUCUCACACGGGUCCCAUGAAAGAUCAGGAAACGUAUCUUGAAGAUAAAUAUAAUUAUGGUUACCGUACACGAGAGAGAGAGAAUAAACCAAGUUCCAAUAACAGCAUUAAUAAAGUGGAAGAGAGAGAGACAGUGAGGAGAAGGCGACGCCGGGAAGAUGAAAGCAAUAAGGAACAUGAAUUGCCAGGAGAGUCGAGUGGUGUGCAAGGAUUCUAUAUGCUCAAGACCUUUGAAGAGCUUGUCGCUGAGAGGAGAAAGAGAAGAAGCAAGCGUCUCGAAGAAUCAGAAAAGCAUGAAUCACAAGCAGAGGAGAAGCCAGUACCAUCGAGGAAAACCCGCCAGGUGGAACAUUGUAGUGGAGAUAAAGAUUCCCAGGUGAAAGAGACUGAAACCAUUACGGCAAGAAGACGCAGAAGACUUACUGAAGACAGCAGCCAGACGCGGGACUCGCAGUCCGAGGAUGUCAAUAGUAAGGGUUACGAGGAGAUAUUCGCCCGAAGGAGACAACUUAGAAGUCGUAGGCUUGAGGGAGACAGUAGCCAGGUGGAUGAAGACCGACCAGUAGUCUCUCACACACAGGAAGAGCAAACACUCGGUCACAACCGCGAGGCCGACAAGCAAUACCAAGAAAUUUUCGAAAGACGACGACGCAUACGGAGACAGAGGUAUGCGGAGAUGCGCAUGUCUGAUGAAAACCUGCAGCACAGCGGUUCCUCACCUCGAGAAGACGCACGCACAUCCCCAUCUUGUGAAGUAUCCACCAGCAGUAGAGUGAGCAAUACUGAUGGUGUUUAUACCCAGCAAACACUCGCUCAACAGCACAGUGUGACCUGCCUGCAACCUAGCACCGUUGAGGCCACCAGGACGCCUGUACAUAGUGAUAGUGAUGAUAGUGAUAGUGAUGAUAGUGAAGCAAGCUUGUCAGGACAUACACACAACGCCAAGUGUGACGACAAACUCUUAAACGAGCAGAACCACCUUGAAAACCAGGAUGACUCGUCAUUACCUUCUGGGUCACGAACAUGCAAAAUGUCGACGCAGUUGAUGAAAUUCUUACUGGCCGAUGCCCGAGAUGUUAAAGACACUGGACCGUCUCCUUACGAGGGAGACUCGAACUUGAUUCUCGCGAUACAGAGGCAUGGUCCUAGCCACGUUCGCGCCAGAGCUCGAAAUCGACUCUCGCUCGAUCUGGACCUUGCGGGGCCGCAUGAAGCCGUGGUGGCUAAGGAACACACGAGGCCGCAAGUGACUUACCGUCGCACUGCAAGCGACAUCGCCGCACUUAACCAAAAUCGACGCUCGCUCAAUCUGGACUUCCUGACUCACGAGGGUCAGCACCCUCGGGUUUGUAGUCGCCGGACAGUGCAUUUCGGAAACCUACCUGACUCUCCCGAAGCUGCCCGCAGAUAUCUGCAGCAGCAGGAGGAGCAGCAAAAGCAAGUUCGACGCCGCUGUCGACCUCCUGACCGCCGUGAAGACACCCCCAGCGAUGCUGAUGGCUCUGGUGGGGAUCACGCUGGGGUCUCCCCCCGCUUGCUACGCCUCCUUGAUAUUAAACCCAAGGAUUAUGCCGAAGCACAAAGGCUGAAGAAGAUGCUAAAGCGGGCAGUGAACCGGCCAGACACCACCUUCGAAGACCUGAAAGUGUACCGCUUGGCCAUGAAGAAGUUAAGACGCAUCAUUCGCCAGGAGCAAGAAAUGGAAAUCCUUCGUCAGGCAGAAGAAGAGAGGCAGGAACAGUUCCAGAGCUUUAUUGACAAGCUGAGUACACCCACAUACAGCAGUGGGAGGUAUGGCAGCAGCAGCAGCAGCAACACUGCUGGUGUACCCACAGUAUCAUAUAGAGCAGCACUCACCAGGGACCUCUCAGCAUCUCAGGAACGCCUGCCAACCGGAUACUCCUCAGAUGUCAACAAAACCGGCUAUAGUUCUGGCACAGGAGGUGGGAGCUACAGGUCUGGCUACACUGCCGACACCACUGCUUCCAAGGGGUCAUCAUCACCGUCGGCAGUGGGGACACUCUCUUCUAAGUUUGAUGAGUCGAAGCCUUCCUCCCCCAGUACCAGGAUAAGGCCAACUUCCUUGGCUACGACCACCAGCAACAAUUCCUCAAGCACCACCAACACUGCAGCAGCAGCUCCAUCCUCCAGCAUCUACAACAACAACCUCUCUACCCCCACCAGUCUUCCUCCCAGUAGGCUCUCCCGAGACUCUUCCCGCUCAGAAAGUGGUGGGAGGUCACCUGGAGGCACAGCUUACACUUCUCGACUGACAAGCAGUACGAACUUCGAUCGAUCGGGCUACAAUUCGGAUGCUAAGUCGGGCUAUGGCUCCGAACUCAACAGGUCCGGGUAUGGGUCUGGAUAUGGCUCUGGGUCUGGCAACUAUACGAGUCGAUAUAGUUAUAGCCGUAGCAACAGCUAUAUGAAGGACACCGAACCCAACAGUACCACAGGAAACUAUAGACCAACAUAUAGCAGAGAAAACAGCUUUUUGGGCAGUGAUACAGGAAGUGGAUCUGGUUGGCGCAGUCGUGUUUAUGGUAAUUCCGCUGAAACCACCACAUCCACCAGGGCUAGGACACGUGACCUCAACAAUUUGUCAGAGAAUGUCCCAGUUUCCAGUUUGAGCCAUGAUAUUAACACUUCUAAGGAGGUUGAGACAGCUAAACCAGUAUGCAAAGAUACUAUCAAUAAGCUGACCAAAGAUGAGGGUAAGAGCGCAGAACCUCCAUCUCCAAAUGCUGUGAGAGUUUUUCCUGUCCUCACUCCCAAUGACAACUUGAAGAACAAAGCUCCAGCAGAUUUCAGCUCUGCGGCUGAAAGCUCUGAUGAAGAAGACCAAAAGGUUAAUGAUAGACUUGAUACAGAUAAGACAAAAGAUUCCACAACUACUUAUUCUAAAUCGACUACCACCUCUACCUUAACUACCACCUCUUCUCCCAGCACAACUUCCAGAGCCUUCAGGCAUUUAGCAGCUGUGCCAGCCUUACCCAGCAAGCCAACAACAUCAGUGACCAGUGGUCUAGCUGCACCACCACCCUUCAAGCUAUCAACAAGAUUUUCCACAUCCACAACAGACAGUUUACCUGCCUCUUCCACUACUUCUAAAUGGCUGAGAGACAAGGAAGAAGCCCCAGUAACAACAGCAGUCACCAGAGUCACUACCACAGCAACCACAACAGUCACCUCAGCCACUACCACAGCAACCACAACAGUCACCUCAGCCACUACCACAGCAACCACAUGCUCUCGAGGCAACUUAAGUGUGGGUGAUGGCAGUCUCAAAUCCACUUCGCCACUCCCGCCCCGUUCCCCCGUCCUUGGUGCUAACAAGACUUCUGCUGCCUUGCCAGCUUCUGAAAGGAAAGGUGAUUUGGGUAUAGCUAACAAAGACUGUAGGAAAUCUGUCUUGAAUAUGGACAUCAAGCCAAAUGAUACAGAUGUCAUGAGGAGACAGCAAGAGGAGAAGAGGGAGGAAUUGAGAAGAUUAAGAAGACAAAGAGGAAAUGAAGAUGAUAGUAAAAGCAGUCACAGGCCUCCAACUGGAAGUAUUAGAACCAGACCAGGUCCUAAAGUGGAAGAAGUUGGUCGACAGCGAUCACGAGGGUCUGGAUCGGACCUCUCUAAAACAUCAUCACAGACCAAAGUUGUGGAGGAGGACGAAUCGAGUAGUGAUGAGGAAGACAAACGUGAUGACAAGGUUCCAUUGGAAAAGACAUUGUCCAAAACAAAGGUGGUGGAGAGGAGACAUUCCAAGGGAAUGGUGGAUGCCAUGAGGCGUAGUGGAUCUAUGCGUCACUUUCGCCAGUCUCCCCAGGCCAGCAAGACAUCCACAUCAAACUCAUCUUCCUCAGACAGUGAGGAAGAAGUUCCUGUUGUUACUGUUGUUCUUAAGUGUAGAAGGCGGCAGACCACCAGGGAUGAGGCUCUUGGGUCAUCGGGAGAGAACCAGAGCCGUCCUUCGUCCCGCACUUCACCACGGGUGAUUAAGAGGGGUUCCUCAGACAAUGUGUUGGAGAGUAAUCGCUCCUGCAACAAUUCUUCAUCCAAUUUAGUUGGCCGCAGGUCACGGAACAGCUCACAGGCUACAGUGGAGUCUACCUCACGCAACAGCUCUUCUUCGAACCUGGCUAAAUCCCUCUCAGGAAACAACUCCCGUUCUGGUAUGGGGGAGAUAGAAAAAUCCAGGAGCAGCUCUAGGUCCAGCAUUCUAGGAGAAAAGAAAUUAUCACUUGGACCUGACAUAGACAUUGGUGAGAGCAGUAGGAGUGGCUCCUCCAGUAAAAUUGGUGUUAAGAAAACUUUGAGCAACCACAGUUCCAGUAAUCUUUCAAAAACAAAAUCUAGUGACAAAUUUAGAACAUCUAGUAGCAGCAUAAAACAAUUUAAAGACAAGAAUGCAGGUGAUCGGUCCAUCUCUAGUGACUCUGAGUCCUCCAGCACUUCAGAUGACUCCAGUGAAAGUGCAGGUGAGGAAGGUCAUUUCUUCUCCCUCACUAAGUCCCGGUCCAUGAAGAAAUCUAGAUCCUCACUCAGCAAGUUCCCUGUUAACCUCAGUGAAGAGAAACCAAAGCUGGAGGAACUGGGAACUAGAACUAGUCCAGAUGGUAAGGAGCAUGUCUCCAGAACUAACUCAGACACGAAUUUGCAGGUGACAUCACCAUGUGAUAAUGUAGACGAGGAUGGUGAUGAAGAAUUGAAGCCAUUCUCCUGGCCGGUUGACAGUUCUGCCUCAAAAACAGACCUCACAGAACUGUACAAGAAAUGUGACAAGUUGGCAGCAUCCAAUAAAUCAGUUUCUGAGUUGGGUACUUUUGAGUGGCCCAGCGAGAGCCCACCACUCUCUAGAGCACCUCGCUACCAGAACAUCGAAAAUGAUACUCCUACACAGACAGGUGCCAGUAGGAGCAGCUCCAAGGGAAAUAUUGAAAAGAGUAGCUCCCUUGAGCCAUUUGAAUGGCAGUCAGGAAGUCCAGAACUUCCAAGGAAGAAGCUGGAUGAUACUGCAGACUCAGCCAGUGAGCUAGCUACAUUUGAGUGGCCGUCUGGUAGUCCUGUCUUGCACAUUAAUAAAAAGGUUGAACAGGAGGAGCAAGAUACUUUCACUUGGCCUUCUGGGAGUCCAGAAUUGUACAUUAGUAAGAAGAUAAACCAAGGUGAGCAAAAUACACAGGAAGAAAAAAAUGGCUUCAUAUGGCCAGAGAACAGCCCAGAGCUCCCCAGGAAAACAGUUUACCACAAUGCCUACGAAAGCGAGACAGAGACAGAGUUGGCAUGGUCAGACGAAAAUGGCGAUGCCUCCAAGUCUCACAUGCCACAAGUGGCUGAAGAGACAGAGGAGGAGUACAACUUCGAGUGGCCCAGCAGUCCGGAGUUGUCUCGCAAGAAGCCAUCAGCAUAUGGAUAUUCUGACCCCUAUGACACUCAAGUUGAAACAGAGGGAUUUGAAUGGCCCAGCAGUCCAGAGAUGCCUAGAAUGAAAAACCCCAACUUCAUCAGCUUCACAGAAGAUAUUGACAACCUCUUGAGUAAUGGCAUGGAGGAUAACUUUGACAAGAUGGAGGAGGUGAUGGGUUACUCUCCUCCUCCAGAAGAGGAGGCAAAGGUAAACAGUGAGUCAAGUAUCCAGGAUGGUAAAGUCGAAGAGGAGGAGAAAAUGGAAGACGAAAAUGAAGAGAAUGCCGAAGAAAAGAAGAAAUCCCUAAGAGAACGAGCAAGACGAAAUCUGUCUCUGUUCAUUGGUAAAUUGACCAACAUCGAUGAGAUUUUGGGAACAGUCCUACAGCCUCUCUCCUCUGCUGCCACUUCCAUCGUCAACACCACACCAAAGUCCGAGGAUGAUGACACAAGUUUGAAGGAGGUGGCAGCAAGUGAAGUUAAGGUGCAUGACGCUAAAGCCAAUCGAGCGCAAAUCCAUCAUAACCUGGAGGAGUACGACGCAUCUGCAGUCAUAGUGAGAGAGAAGGAGAAGAGGGAGGCUCUGCGUGCAGAGAUCAUCACUGCCGUCAAGGCUGGGGUGAGUACCCAACCCAGUGUUUACACUAAUAAUGUCACUUCUGCCUCCUAG